UACCGCCUGACGAGAGAAUGAAUUUCAAGAAAGAUAUAGAAAGCUGCGCGAAGGUAUACCGCCACACAGUCAACAAGCACAGCAGAAGAGAACAUUUAGUUGCCAACAGACAAUAGUUCGUGUAACAACUCAUUAAAUCCUUGAAAAUGGUAGACGGAGUCUACCGAAAUAUUGGAGAAAAAUAAAAGAAAAAAACCUUAAAUAUUUGUGUUUUAAUGGACCUAUAGCCGAUACAAUACAACAAAAUUACAAGAAUUUUAAACCAGGUCAACAAUACCCUAACAGAGUAUACAUCAACGGGAGGCACGCCGUAAUAUAAAAACAAAUAAGAUGACAAUAUACAAAAACAUCAAACAAAAGUACAAUGAGCACACAUACAGAACGGCCCAGCAAUAUUCGAAACACCAAAAACAAAUAGCCAAGCUCAAAACAUCGGUAACAUUUUUAAUAAAAUGUAAGAGAACAGGCAUCAUACCAAACUUCAUAAUCAAUGCAACCAAACACACUAACAACAUCUUCCAAACACACAAAACCAAGAAAAUCCCGCCAAAUAUUGAGAAAACAUUACACAGGUACAUUCACAACUUUCACACGAAAGUAUUAAAACUUCUAAUACAAUACAAACACAAGCAAAUCCACUCUUUUAAAGAGAAAGUAGAGAAUACAAAGACUAAGCUAGGAGAACUACUGACUCAAGAUGAUUUCCUACAAUACCUCGACAGUGAGCUUACUCUCUACAAGGGCAAUGUUAGCAAGAGCAAGACAACACACAUAAAGAAACUACAGGCACUCACACAACGACAAGACAAGGCCCUCAACAUUAGACGCAACGACGUGUGGUUUGUGAAUAAAACAGAGCGAGAGAUACCAACGAACGUACAAUGGAUUCUCUCUUUAGGUCCGAAACACGCUCUCCCACACACCAACAAGAACUUUCCACUCUUGCAAGUCAUUGCAGAGGGAGAGGAGUGUGUACAAACUAUAGAGAAUAGAGAGGAACAGGAGAUGGGAAGAACCAAGCUUACAACAUUGAUAGACGAUCACUUACGAAAGUCAAAGAUGAGCAUGAGAGACAAAUAUGUGGUGGACACAGUGUCUCAAACAAGAAAAUAUUUAAAGGAGAAUGAGGAUUUAUUAAUUUUAACGGCAGACAAGGGAGGAAAGACAGUGGCUUUGUACAAAGAUGACUACGAGCAAAAAAUGAAGGCAAUAAUACACGAUAUGUGUAUGUAUAGGCGCUUAAAGAUUGACCCAACAUCUAGGCUACAGACAAGGAACAACAAAUUGGUGGAUAAACUUCACAACUUGAAUCUUAUCAGCAUCCAGGAGAAGAAUAAAUUGACCAGCAAGACCGCAUUGGCCCCUCGAAUAUAUGGACUCCCAAAGAUCCAUAAAGAAGGUACACCGUUGAGACCAAUAUGUUCAUCAAUAAACGCGCCGUCCUAUCAUCUAUGUAGGUACAUAGUGAAUAUUUUGAAAAAUAUCACCAAGGAUUCCAAAUAUAAUGUGAAAGACGCAGUGGACUUUAAAGCUAAGAUAAAGAACAUGACCAUAGAAAAUGACGAAGUUUUAAUCAGCGAAAAGUCGCCAACAUCCGCCGCCGCCGUCGAUGCCGCCGCCAACAUAGGGAACAAUGAUGUCGACAAUACACUUCAAUACCUCACCUCAGUUGUGGUCAAGUUUGGCUUAAAUGAGGGGAAAAAAGUGAAUUUGUGGCUGCUAAAGUGCACUGUGGCUUUACCAUUCAGGCCUACAAAUGUGGGUACUGAGCUAAUAGGAGUUCAAAGUCUAGCCCAGCAAGCAUAG